UUUAAUUGAAUGUUGUGAAAUAGUUUUUUACGUUUCGAAAUUCUCCGUUGGAUUAACGCAACAUCAUCCAAAUCAAAACAUAAUUAACAACUGGAAUUAACCAAAACAAACUAUGCAAAAACUGCGCAGUUUGUUUCUACGCAAAACCCAAACAAGACUCACGUCAGCAUCGUCUACAAUUGUGGCGGAUCCGGAUGCAUCGAAGACGGGUGAAACAAUCACCGUUCGCGUCAUCUGUCCUAGUUCCCGUGUGCUCAUCUUCAAGACGGACAUCAACAAGCGACUUAAUGACCUCAAGAGCGAAGUCAUCCUCGAGCUGAGCGACGAUCCCGACUCCAUACAGUUAUUUGCACCCGAUGUCCGACAUUUGAAUCCACGCUAUCGACUUUAUCGUGCCGAAUACUUUGGAAGCGAACUUAACGAAUCCCAGACACUCGCCCAGCUGAGUGUGCGUCACAAUGAGACCUUCAUUCUAUCGCCCCGCCGCAAUACGCUGCCCCAAACUGUGACGCGUACUCGUGAGGUGCCCGGACCCAAUGAUGCGCUACUCGAGAGCGCCACGCGCUUUGUGCAGAACAACACAAACUCUCUGCCCAUCAUCGACAUCAAUGAGAUCUUCCAGCAGUCGAAUAUUCAGUAUGAUGUGCGCAAGGUUCUCAUCUCGUUGGCUCAGGCAUCGGCAGCAAUCAUUGGCGCUGGUCCAUUUGCGCCACGUUUGAUAGCCAUGUUGAAGCAGCGUCUGGUCAAUAGACGCAAUCACCAAGCGGACACGCUGCAGUGCCUGGUGGACAUGGGUUUUACGCGUGAGAUCGCUGAGCAGGCAUUGAGGUCCAACAAUGGUGUCUACUCCACCACCUUAGAGUGGCUGAUACAAAAUCAGCGGGAGGAGGAUCCAAAUCAGUCGACAGUGAUGAAUAUGCAGCGCAGUCUCUCAUCCAUAUCGCCUUCAACAAUUGUGACCAAUAAUGAAACCAUUGAGAAUACCGCCGCUUUGAUGCAAAUCGUUCGAAUUUACAGCCAUCGCGAUACGCCGCCAAAUGAGGAGCUCAUCGAGUCACUAACCGAGAUGGGCUUCGAGGAGAAUGCCGUCAUCUCGGCGCUUAAGAAGACAGGAAACAACAAGGCCUCCGCCUGCGAUUGGCUUUGCGAUAAUCGGUCUGGUAGCGUUAUAGAGCUGCGCGAAGGUUUAGCAUCCGAUUCCCCUAUACUAAAAGUAAUUCUCGAAAUGCCGCAGGUCCAACUUACACUCAGCAAUCCAAAGACCUUUUUGGCCUUUCUGGCCAUACUGGAGAAUGAGAAUGCGAUUCGAGUGUGGCGCGGCGAUAAUGAUACCACCUCGGUCAUCACACAUAUCCUGCAAAAGUACCACGAGGAGAAGCAUGUGAUGGGCAUCAAUCAGUUCUAUGUGAAUCGCUGGUGAUCCGACUACGAUCGACGCAUUAUCAAAGUGGCUUUAUAUUAUUGAUAUUAACCAAAUUCUAUUUACUAUAUAUAGAUAACAUGCAUUCACAUACAUACUACAUCAACAUCAUUUAUAUAUAUGUACAUCUAUGUACGCAAAUCAAUCGUUACAUAUACAUAUAUGUAGCCAUAUAUAUAUUUGUAUAUAUAAAUAUAUACACUCACUCACACACAUAUUUAGGUACGUAACGUGCAUAGUUAGAAAUAAGCCUGCAUUGGAGCCUAGAAGAAGAUAUUUUUUGUAGCCUAACAGACACAAAAACAAAAAACAAGAACAAAACCAAAAACUACAAUAAACAAAUUGAAAUAA